AUGUGGUUCGGCGAGAGUGAGGCCAACGUGCGCGAGAUCUUCGACAAGGCGCGUCAGUCUGCGCCGUGCGUCCUGUUCUUCGAUGAGCUCGACUCCAUCGCAACCCAGAGGGGCGGCAGGAUGGGCGACGCCGGCGGCGCGGCGGACAGGGUCCUGAACCAGCUUCUCACAGAGAUGGACGGCAUGAACGCCAAGAAGACGGUCUUCAUCAUCGGAGCCACAAAUAGGCCGGACAUAAUUGACUCGGCGUUGCUCCGUCCUGGCCGCCUGGACCAGCUCAUCUACAUCCCCUUGCCAGACGAGGCCUCGCGGCACCAGAUCUUCAAGGCCUGCCUCAGGAAGUCUCCCGUGGCCAAGGACGUUGACCUCGGCGCGCUGGCAAGGUUCACCGCCGGCUUCAGCGGUGCCGACAUCACGGAGAUCUGCCAGAGAGCGUGCAAGUACGCCAUCAGGGAGGACAUUGAAAAGGACAUGGAGAGGCAGAGGAUGGAGAAAGACACCAUGGAUGUGGACGGCGGGCAGAAAGAUGAGGAGAUGGCAGAGAUUAAGGCGGCUCACUUCGAGGAGUCGAUGAAGUACGCGAGGAGGAGCGUGAGCGAUGCCGACAUCAGGAAGUACCAGGCCUUCGCGCAGACGCUGCAGCAGUCUAGGGGGUUCGGCACGGAGUUCCGCUUCCCGGCGCAGCCACAGGCGGCAGAAGCUGCUGCUGACACCACCUCGGCAGCUGAUGAGGAUGAAGACGAUCUGUACAAGUGA